AUGGAUUCUGAAUAUCAACAACGUGUCCCACCUACUACUUCAAAUAGACGACGUCUUGAAUUGGAUGUAGACCGUGAACGGGGACGAGGGCGUGGGCGAGGACGAGGUCAAGGUCGUGGUCGAGGUCGUGAUCCAGUUUCGGUAGAAUAUGAUAUUCCCAGUGCCAGUCAAAGUCAGAGCCGAAGCCAAAGACGAGUUGAAGGUUAUGAUAUGCCUGACAUUGCUGUGGAGGAUACCUCUUUACCUGAUUCUCCUCCUGUCCAGGAAGAGUACCUUACUUAUGCUUUUCCAGGUGGACCGACUGAUCCGUCAAUACUGCGGAGUUUCAAUAGUCAUGUGGCUGCAGCUAUUUGGCACAGGAAGGAACGAGGGCCCCUAAAGUGUCAUAAUCACUCUUCUAAGAUCCUUGCAUGGCCAUGGUGGUUAGUAGAGAACAACACCAGAUUCAAAGCCAUUAUUGAGAAGUCUGGAUUGUCACAGUUAGCUCGUUGCACUUAUCGAUUCGUCAACAAGCUUCUAAUCUCCAGUUUUGUUGAGAGAUGGCAACCUGAUACGAACGCAUUUCACACGACAGUUAGUGAGAUGACCUUGACCCUGGAUGAUGUUGGCACUAUUCUUGGCCUUCCCAUUAUAGGCAAAUCAGUCAGCAUACCAGAUGUGAUAGAUCAUCAUGGAGUUACAUUACUCGUUUGUGGCUUGGGGAUUACUGAACGUGCAGCACAUGAAGAGGUUUUUUCUGCUGGUGACAAUUCAGUCAGGCUUGAAUGGUUGCGAAGUCAGUUUGCUGGUAUGACAGAUUCAGACCCCGAGAAAGCUAUACAGUGCGCUGCUAGAGCUUAUUUGUUGUUUCUGUUGGGAUGUACACUCUUCAGUGACAAGAGUUGCGGCAGGGUUCCCGUUGUUUACCUUGGCUUAUUGAUGGAUUUGGGAUCCAUACAUACUUACGCCUGGGGUGCUGCUGCAUUAGCAUUUUUAUACAGACAUUUGGGGUAUGCUAGCCAGUCUGGGGUAAAGCAGAUGGGUGGUUAUAUGACUCUUUUAGAGGCGUCGAUUUAUGAGCACUUUCGAGUAUUCCGACCUCAUCAGAACAUGGGCUACAAUGAAGACAUGCCACACGUGUACCAUUGGGCAUCUAGGAGAGAGGCGGGUUCCUCCAUUGAGCAUUUGAAAUCUUUUCGAGCCGAGCUUGACAGUUUGGUAGCUACUGAUCGUAUUGCACAUGCACUGCAGAUUUCACUUCCUAUUAUUGACGCUGGUUAUGAGGAGGGGAUUCGCCAUCCUUAUCGACUUUACCAGGCUAUCGAGAGUAUGACACAUGUUCUUGAAGGUCAGCACAUUGACGAAGCUGGACCUAGUUAUACUGGAGGUCGCUUUCCAUCUUCGACAUUGACAUACAAUCGUAGGCCUAGGCGUAGGCAUAUAGCUGAUUCGUGA